AUGAUCACGGUGUGGAUCCAGUCCGAGAUGAAGGAGAGACGAAAUGAGGAUGUUGGUGGCAAACACGUAGCACAGGAACACCCAGUGGCCAACAGGGCCGAAUCUGGCCGAGAAACACUCGGACACGGUGUGUGCUGCUGGGGCACGGGCUUUGAGUUGCAAGCAUACAAACACGAAAACUGUCACCUGCAAGGCACCGGAAAUGCCAUAGAGGAAACCUCCAGAGAUGCCGUGAGAGUAACUCCAGGCACCGGAGGAGAGCAGAGUAGCGGGCCAUGUCCAUGCAGAAACGGUGGACGAGGCAAUCAGGCCGGAAUUGACACUUCUGGAGGCGGUGGUGAACCGUUCAGAGUUUUGGACCUGGCCCAGGUAGCUGGAGAGAACACGUGUGAUCAGGCACAUGAGCAGGGCGAACGCUGCGCCAAUGCCCAGCACAAAGCCAUAGCCGUAGCCUUGGUCAAGAAUCGGGGUGGUCAUGGGCCCCACAUCGGUGUAGGGUCUCACUUAUAUAAAGCUGAGCUUUUUUCCGAUAAGCAACUGAUAAGAAAAAAUAACGUGCAGGGAAAGGUACAUGGGUUUAAAAUUAGGUGGCCAGACAAAGAACGAUCCACUUUUGUAGAAUUGCGCUCGAAAAAUUACAAUGGACGGCGCAAAACCGCCGUUAUUGUUGCCGCACAGACUGGUGGAGGUCUGCGGCUCCCCCCUCACUGGUAUAUAGGGAGCCAGUUCAAGGUUUGA